ACUGCGCCUAUAAAGACGGCCGGCUGUGGCCCGGGUCAGGUCCCCGAGUGCUCCUCGUCUGGUGUCUUCCUCCUCCGCCAUGGCCCGUACGAAGCAGACCGCCCGCAAGUCCACCGGCGGCAAGGCCCCGCGCAAGCAGCUGGCCACCAAGGCCGCCCGCAAGAGCGCCCCGGCCACGGGCGGCGUGAAGAAGCCUCACCGCUACCGGCCCGGCACCGUGGCGCUGCGCGAGAUCCGGCGCUACCAGAAGUCGACCGAGCUGCUGAUCCGCAAGCUGCCGUUCCAGCGCCUGGUGCGCGAGAUCGCGCAGGACUUCAAGACGGACCUGCGCUUCCAGAGCUCGGCCGUCAUGGCGCUGCAGGAGGCGAGCGAGGCCUACCUGGUGGGGCUCUUCGAGGACACCAACCUGUGCGCCAUCCACGCCAAGCGCGUCACCAUCAUGCCCAAGGACAUCCAGCUGGCCCGCCGCAUCCGUGGGGAGCGCGCUUGGCCGUUAGGGAUAGGGGGUGUGAAGCGACAGCGGCGCAGUCUAGCCUCCGAAGCCGUAGAGGGUGCGGCCCUGGCGCUUGAGAGCGUACACCACAUCCAUGGCAGUGACGGUCUUGCGCUUGGCGUGCUCAGUGUACGUGACUGCGUCGCGGAUCACGUUCUCCAGGAACACCUUCAGCACACCACGGGUCUCCUCAUAGAUGAGGCCGGAGAUACGCUUGACACCACCACGCCUAGCCAGGCGGCGGAUGGCCGGCUUGGUGAUGCCCUGGAUGUUGUCCCUCAGGACCUUUCGGCGUCUGCAAGCCAAAAUUGCAAAGGCAUGGCCCGUACGAAGCAGACCGCCCGCAAGUCCACCGGCGGCAAGGCCCCGCGCAAGCAGCUGGCCACCAAGGCCGCCCGCAAGAGCGCCCCGGCCACGGGCGGCGUGAAGAAGCCUCACCGCUACCGGCCCGGCACCGUGGCGCUGCGCGAGAUCCGGCGCUACCAGAAGUCGACCGAGCUGCUGAUCCGCAAGCUGCCGUUCCAGCGCCUGGUGCGCGAGAUCGCGCAGGACUUCAAGACGGACCUGCGCUUCCAGAGCUCGGCCGUCAUGGCGCUGCAGGAGGCGAGCGAGGCCUACCUGGUGGGGCUCUUCGAGGACACCAACCUGUGCGCCAUCCACGCCAAGCGCGUCACCAUCAUGCCCAAGGACAUCCAGUUGGCCCGCCGCAUCCGUGGGGAGCGCGCCUGAGUUCUAUCUUCUAAUUCAUCCCCCACAAAGGCUCUUUUCAGAGCCACCUACGUUUUCAGUAAGAGUAGCUGUGUCAGCUUUGC